CCCUGGGGACGUCCGCGUCACUGUUUCUCCCGCGACGGACUCCACCGAAACAAGGUCGGUAAAAGGGAAGCACACGCCACCGACCACGGGCGAAUGAAAUCUGGAAACCGUGGGCCUAUCAACGCUUGCUUCCCCCACGUGGGGUUAAGAAAAGGCGGGAUCUUUUCUUCGAUUGCCUCCGGGAGCCAGCCAAUCCGCGUUGGGAUCAUCCAAAUGAGCGAGGCUGCUUCUGCCCCAGUGGCCCGACCUCGAUCACCGCCGACCAAUCAGGAGAAGCUGCGCAGGAUUCUCGCGCUUAGGCAGUUGGAAGAGGCCGUUUCCCUCGCGCCCUUCCCCCAUCCUAGUUCUCCUCCUGCUCUGCCGCCGACGGUUGGACAGGCUUGCGGCUUUUUGCCCGCCCCUUUCGGACUUCGAUCUGUCGUUGAGACCGGAGUUGAACUACCAUGAGUGAGGGCGGUGGGGACUGGGACCCCCCGUCCCCGGCCCCUAAGCAGCGGCGCUUAGACCCGGCUUGUCAAUUGCAGAAGGAGACCGAGGCAGCCCAGGCUCUGGCCGAGAUGACGGCUUGGGGCGGCGGGAGCUUUGAAAUCCUCAACCAGCAGGAGGCGCACGGAACGUCGGCAGCAAAGAAGAGUAGCCUGGAAACGGCCGGCCAGCAGGGGGUGCGCGAAACCGCCCCUGCGGUCGGGGAGCGAAGCGCUCCCGGGCAGGAUUUGGGGACUCGGGAUGACCGUGCAAGCGGAGACCGGGAGGCGUCCUCCGACGAGGAACCGCAAGGAAGCGCAGCAGGGGGCGUGGAAACCGCCAGGCUGACGCGGAGGAACGCGGAAGCCGCCAUCGGUGUGACCGAUGACUCCGCGGGUGUCCGGGAGACCAGGAGAAAGAGGAAGGAGGCCAAGGAGAGGCGAAGAGCUGCUGAGGCUGCAGCCGAAGCAGCUGAGGAUGAGUGCUCAGUCAUCUCGGUGGGGGAGGAGGAGGACGACGACGACGACGACGAAGACGAAGACGAGGAAGACGGGGAGGGAGGAAAGCCUCAGCCCACUCGCAAAACUGAGCAGUACUUGGAAGCCCUGGAGGCUGUGCAGCUGGAACUGGAAGCUGUCAACCAGCAGGCCAGCCGUGCCUUUGCCCAGCUCAAAGCAAAGUUCAGUCACAUGCGGCGCCCACAUCUGGAGCAACGCAACCUCAUCAUCCAGAACAUCCCUGGCUUCUGGGUCACUGCUUUUCUCAACCACCCCCAGCUUUCAGCAAUGAUCAAUGACCGGGAUGAGGACACUUUGAGCUAUAUGACGAAUCUGCAGGUUGUGGAUUUCACCCAUGCAAAGUCAGGCUGCAAGAUCAAGUUCUACUUCAGCAGCAAUCCCUAUUUCCAGAAUGAGGUCAUUGUGAAGGAGUUCCAGUGUGGUUCCUCUGGGAGAUUAGUUUCCCAUUCUACACCAAUUCGCUGGUGGCGUGGCCAGGACCCACUAACUCAUGGCCGGAAGAACUUUGAAAUGGGCCGCAGCUUCUUCAGUUGGUUCUGUGACCAUAGCUUUCCUGCAGGAGAUCGCAUUGCUGAGAUCAUUAAAGAAGACCUGUGGCCCAAUCCACUUCAGUACUACCUGAUGGGGGAAGGUGGUGAAAAUGGUGAAGAAGACAGUGAGACAGAGAAUGGUGAUGACUUUGUUGUGAUUGUGGAUGAUGAUGGCGAAGACGAGGAGGAAGAGGAGGUGCCAGAUGUCCAUGAGAUCGUAGAUGAAGAGGAGAGUGGGCGAGGUGAAGUUGUGGAAGAGGUAUUAAGUGGCCAAGAAGAUGAUAUUGCUGGAUCCAAGUCUUCCCGAGAAGAACCAGAUGGGAAGGACUCUGAAGUGGAAGAAGAUGGCUAGAUUAGCUUAUGAAAGAACAGUGUAUCUGGUUGGACUUUCCCAUAGGGACCUCAGUGGCACUUUGAUGCUGACCAAUUGCACUUGGACAUGGCAAAAGAUGAUGGGGCGUAUCAGCAGCGGUCACAUAGGUUAUUUUGUAUCUUUAUUUAUUGUAUUGACUGCAUUUCUCUCUCUGCCCUGUUGGGGGCACCAUGUGCAAGCACCCCCUUAAUUGUUUGAUGCUUAGCAUCUUCUCCUACCUGCCUGUGUGGGGGCUAUACGCUUACUUGCCCUGUCCCCUGGUGGCUACUCAGGGUAUUGUCUGCCCAGAGGCCUUUUUAAAACAGCUCAGGGUUUCCUUCCAUUCAGCAUUAUUAAGCUGCUGGCUUUUCGCACCUUCCCUGUACUUCUGCUUAUAAGGAUUCUACUCCCGCUGUAGACAUUUUAGCUUUAGUAUGCCUGUUAGUGGCCAGCCAGUGCCUCAUGCCAUCAAAACAUAAUCCCAGCCUUGCUUUUCCCGCAUUGAGAGUAGGGCCUAACCGUUUGGGACCCAUCCAUUGCCAGUGCAGGGCUCUGCCAUUUUAACUGGGUUUAUAAUAGCCCCUGUUGAUCUGAAUGGCAACCUUGCACCCAUUGGCUUAGCUGAAGCAAUAAUAGCUCUCUGGUUGCACAGUAUUUUCCUUGGGGUUGUUAAUGUAAGGAGAAGGGCUAUGGUGGUGGCUUAUUCUUGUGUUUGGUGCUUUCUCCAAUGCUCCAGUACAUGAAAGUGAUGGCAAGAUGUUUCUGCAACAGUGUGUUAUUGAGGUAUAUGUGAUUUUAUGCCCCCAUGUACUUUAUGUAUAACUGCACACAAUUUCCUAGCAAUGUUCCUAAAGCAUCAUACCCUGUUGGAUCUGCCCCCUCCCCUACACCCCCCAGAGGCUGUUCUAUGCAAUGCUACUGAUAUUUGUAGAAAGGCAACCAUUUUCCUUGGCUGAUUUUUUUGUAUAUUUCGUAUCAGGACUUUGUACUUUUUUUUACUAUAAAAAAAGCACUUAACAUACAGAGAGCUUUCCA